AUGGCAGUGCAGGUCUCAAAGAGGUUAAAAAUGGAGCACGAGCCCAUAGGACUUAACACAGACGCCAAUGCGGUCACAGAAACAGAAGAAAGGAAUACUAGCAAUAAGGGUGAUGACGACAUAGAGGAAAAGACUGGAACAUCUGCCAUUGCCCAAUUUCAAAACGAAGAUGGUACCAACGUGCAUCCACAACUGGAGAUACCUAUUGAUUCAAAUGUCAAGCAGAUGGAAGAGUUGGUCAAUGAACUGUUGCAGAACGGCAAGAAUCGCGUGCCCUAUUCACUCUAUAUUGGCGAAACAGAGGUGACGACGACGCUUAAGGCAAUAGUGGAGGAGAUGAAAUUGUCAACGGAGACAGCGUUAACGAUUACAUUCCAACCGCUAGCUGCCUUCCGCGUGCGUCCCGUUACCCGUUGCAGUGACACGUUGCAAGGACACUCGGAAGCAAUUUUGCAUGUGAGCUUUAGUCCGGAUGGGAAGAGAUUGGCAAGUGGAGGAGGUGACGCGACAGUGCGCUUUUGGGAUACCAACACAUGCAUGCCAAAGCACACAGGUCGUGGGCAUAAAAAUCAUGUGCUGUGUACGGCAUGGUCACCGGAUGGAGUGCGUUUUGCAUCGGCAGACCGCAACGGUGAGAUUCGUCUUUGGGAUCCACUAACGGGUAAGCAGAUUGGCCAGCCCAUGAAAGGACACACACAGUGGGUCAAUUCGUUGACCUGGGAGCCAAUGCAUCGCAACGACACUUGUGAGCGUUUUGCAAGCUGUUCGAAGGAUGGGUCGAUCAAGGUGUGGAACGCACGCACAGGCCGUUCCAUUGCUUCGUUGUCGGGCCACACAGACUCGGUGGAGUGCAUAAAGUGGGGAGGUGAAGGCUUGUUGUACAGUGCAUCCCGUGACCGUACAAUUAAGGUUUGGGCCAUGGAAGGUGAACACGUGGGCAAGCUUGUGCGUACGUUGAUCGGACACGGUCACCGUAUAAACACGUUGGCUCUGAAUGUUGACUACGUUUGCCGUUCGGGGCCGUUCGUUCACAAUACUAAGAACUUUACAUCACGCAAGGAGAUGCAAGAGGCAGCGCUAAAGAGAUACGAGGAGGUUCGUAAGGGACAACCAGAGCGUUUGGUCUCUGGCUCGGAUGACUUUACUUUGUUCUUUUGGGAGCCUUCAGAGAGUAAAAAGCCUUUGGUUCGCCUUACCGGUCACCAGCAGCCAGUAAAUCAUUUGAGCUUUUCUCCAGACGGACGAUACUUUGCAAGCGCCAGUUUCGAUAAGAAAGUUAAGAUUUGGAAUGGUCAGACGGGUAAGUUUGUAGCAACACUUACUGGCCACGUCGGUGCAGUGUAUCAGGUAUGUUGGUCCAGUGAUGCACGACUGAUCGUAACAGCAAGUAAGGACUCGACCGUGAAAGUCUGGGAGCUUCGUGAGCCAAAGAAUGCCAAGACGACGCUAUCAGGUCAUGCUGACGAGGUGUACGCUUUGGAUUGGAGUCCCAACGGUGACAUGGUGGCGUCGGGUAGCAAGGAUCGCACUAUCAAGAUCUGGAAGCAUUAG